UGUGUAUGUAUGCUUGUUUUUAGGUUCAUAUGUGUGUGUGUCUUAUUGAUUUUAAAGAGCUACAAAAACAGCCGCAACUUUCCGAACUGUAGUUUUGAUGGGGAAGGUGGUGGAGUGGGGUAACUAGCUCUUUCCUCAGACAGGUCUUGUCCGAUGACCUCUCUUCCUUCUCUCGCUCUGGGCUAAUUUCAGCGACAGUUGCCAGCAAUUAGGUUGGAUCCGAGAGGGUGGAAGAAAGGGCAGGCCAGAGCAAUAUGACGAUGAUUGCGAGAAAGCAAAGAAACACAAUUUCUUGCCCAGAGGUGGGAAGGGGGAAAUCAGUUGUAGAAGUAUAACGGACGUUGGCGCCUCUGUCAAAUCAAUACCUUGUGCAGUUCAAGAUCUGACCUAUAAAUAUUCGCGGAGAAUUGAGGAUGUUCCUAUCUCAAUGUCACUUGUCACUGUACAGUGAAAUCCCUUAAAUAAUAUCCAAAUUAUCUAGUGAAAAUGUUUCAGGGUGUGAUCGACAUCUCUUAACAGGUUCUACCGUUUCAUUCGAUUCGAUGCGAAUUUCCUACCAGCUCCUCAGCUCAGUUGAGUGUGUGUGUGUGUGUCUGUGUAAGGCUUCACAACUUUCCUCAGCAACCGCCAAACUUACGAAAUUCUUGGCUACCAGCAGAAAAAGCACAAGCUCAAGCACCUCACCACAGCCGCUCUAAAGCCUGCGACUGCUCUAAAUCCCCCUCCAGGCAUAUCCCCCCCCCCCCCCCCCCCCCCCCUCCCACCCGUGCCCUCACCCAACACACUGUCGCCGACCGUUGUGCACAUAAAAACGGCAAAGGCAACGAAGAAAACGAAAAUUUAACGACUGCGCAACGUGACGCAUUAUUUGUCUGGCUUGGUCUGUACGGCCGGACUGGCCUGGCCUCCGUCUGCUGCAAAAGCUAGCUGCCGCCAGAAAUUGCUUUUGCCCGCUGGAAUACAUACAUAUGUACAUAUAGCCAGCCAGGCCGCCUGCCUGCCCUCCGCAACCACACUCUCUGCCACCUCACGGUCCUAGUCCCAUUCCUGAUCUCAGUCUCCCCAACCUCUCUGUCUCCUCUCCAUGCUUCGCCUCCUGCUGCUGCCGUUUUUAGUAUUUCGCACUCUGUGCACGGCAACGUCGACUGCCAGGCAACGCCAACGACGGCGGCUGCAAACAUUUUUGCAUGACUGACUGAAAGCCGCCUGCGCCUUAGUCACUUACACAAGCACACACAAAUGCACGGGCCAGACCAGACGCUGACGCUGGCGAGGAGUGAUGGUGCUGAAGUGUGAGGCGGAGGAAGGCAGUAAUGGUUGUGGACGGUGAGGAGGCGGGGUAGAGUAACUGUUGGCUGGUCUUGGUCGUCGUCUCGGUCUCCGUCUGUCUCUGGUCUGGCGUGUUUAUAAUUUGAUUUCGCUUCUCUUCGCUUGCUUGCUUGCUCUCUGCCAGGCUUUUUCGAUGGAUGGCAAUGGAGAGCAGAGCAGCAUUUCCUGUCGCUCAUCUCUAAUUGGCUAGGCCUACGAAGGAAUCUAAAUGAAGUCAUUGUGUUGUGUCUUCACACAACUGCCAUUAGCUGCACUCACAGUACCAUAUCCAUAAUCUUGAUAGUUGGACAAAUGCCAAGCGGCUGGAUUACAGCAAAAAUAUUCUUCAUACCCAAAGCAUACCUAACUCCUAAAAACUUGUCGCCAAAACUAUCCAAAACCUUUGAGGGUUAAGAAAAUCAAUCUAUGAUAGAUUAUCUACCGCUCAAGUAAAUCCUCAUAAGCUGCCAUCGUUAUUGGCAGCCCUUCUUGAUAUGCAAGUCGCUUUUAACAAUUAUUCGGCGAAGCCUAUCCACUUAUUUAAACUGUCAGGGAAUACAUACAAUGUAUUCAGGAGUAAGGACAUGCGGACACUGUAGCCGAACACUGCAAUUGCUACAGAUCUGCACUCAAUAACGAAUCUUCUUUAUAUCGGGUAUGGUGCCAAGAAUAGCUGAAAGUGCAAGAAACCGACAAGAUUAUUUAUGACGAUCCAGAAACAUAAAGAUAUCGGCAAAGAUUUGUGAGCAGGACGAGCAUUCCUGCUGCGAUAGUGAUAGUAAGGAGAUACAAUGUGUUUUGGCCAUGGCUAUGAGUGGAAGCGGUAGCACUCAGAUCGGUGCGAAGCAGUGAGUGGGGCGGAGAGAGAGAGAGAGAGAGAGCGAGAGAGCUAUCUGAGUUGAUGGGAAUGGUGGCAGUGUGUGUUUGUGUGCUAUUGAAAUAAACAUGCAUUUAUUCGUUGGCCUACACAAGUGAAAAAAAACAAAAAAAAAAAACAAAAAGUGUAUUGAAAGAGAGAGUGAGAAUCGUUGUACGGAGGACGCGCAAAGAUGGCGCCAAAAAAAUCAACAAUUGUGCUUAAUGUGGAGCAAUUCAUUCACGACAUCGAGGAGCGGCCGGCCAUAUGGAAUCGCAAUUUCCACUGCAACAAGGCGUUCCUCGAGCAGAUGUGGGACGAGUUGAGCGGAGCGCACAAGCUGCCGAAGAUUGUGCUCAAGGCCAAGUGGAAGGGGCUGCGCGACAACUUUAGGGUGGAGUACAAGCGGAUACCGCGUGCCGACAACGGCGACUUCCUGGUAGAUCCGGCCACCUUCGAGUCCAAGUGGCUGCACUACUACGCCCUGCUUUUCCUAACUGAUCACAUGCGUCAUCGCCUGCCCAAAAACGAGCAGGAUCAGUCCUUCUACUUUAACCAGCAGAGCGAGGACUGCGAGAAGACUGUAGUGGAGCCAGACCUGACGAACGGCCUUAUACGAAGACUGCAGGACAGCGACGAGGACUACGACGAGGAUGAUAUGGAGGGCGAGGCAGAUGGCGAUGACAGUGAGGUCACCCUAGAGGAUGCCAUACCCACGCCUCCAGCCGCCCACCAGACAAACCAAGUGAGCACCACGCCGCUUGCCACGGGCGUCCUGAGGGCCCAGGAGGAGGCCCAUCAACAUGCCCUGUUCAAGGCAGGCCUUCUGCGCGCCCAGCUUAUGGAGCUGGAGAAGGAGGCGGAGGACCUGAGCAAGAAGCCGCACCCGUUUCAGGCAGAGGCUGUACAGACACUAAUGGAAACACCAUCCGCCAACUGCUCCCCGCCGCCGAUGGUAACCACAACCUCAUCCCAAGUGGCGCAGUACGGAUCAGAUGCUAUCCUCGCUCCGGCCUCGACCACGUCCACGUCCGCCUCCUCGGUCUCCAGCAAUGUGGGGACUCUGGUCGCCAAGCGCUCGGUAUCCCCGCCGCCGCUGUACAACAAGGCCCACCAUCCGGUGACCACAAUCGCUGCAGGGCAUCACACGUCCAAGGACCCCAGCGAUGACUUUUCGACAGCCCCAGCAGGCGGGGCGAGUGGCGAACACCUCAGCUUCAACCAGCACUCCUAUGCCAAUGGGCUGAUACCCGCGCUAAAGUUGAAGCGACCUCGUCUAUCCGAGGACAGCAACUUCAAUGGCUCGUCGACGAUGGAUGGGUCUCUGGUGCCAGAGGACGACGACUACCACUACUUGCUCAGUCUGCAUCCGUACAUGAAGCAGCUGACGGCUGCACAGAAGCUGCGCAUACGCACCAAGAUACAAAAGCUUAUUUUCAAGGAGCUCUACAAAGAGGAUCUCGAGGAGUCAAAGUAGGGCUUCUCCCCUGCUCCUCCCUAGACUCGCGUAACGCCCGCAAUAAGACUGUACAUACACACACUCCCCCUCUUCCUCGUAGAGUAGCCGUAAGCAUUUAGUCUUAGACCGUACUUGUCCAUGCCAUGCCACUUGAUUGACUUCUAGUUGAGCGCCACUCACCAGGGAUUCAUCCCGGGGAUGCGCCAUUUACGCUUAAGCUCAAAUACCUUGAAAAUAAACUGUUAACACUACAAAGUGUAAACAUUA